AUGGCGGCACAUCCAUAUCAUGGCCAGGCAUAUGGCAAUCCAUAUGGUCAGAUGGAUGCCUAUGGCAAUGUCCCCACCCCACAGGAGUUGAACCAAGAGAAACUGGAAGAGAAGGCUAGGAAAUGGCAGCAAUUGCAAGCCAAGCGCUAUGGCGAGAAGCGCAAGUUUGGAUUCGUUGCGCAUGAAAAGUCUGACAUGCCUCCAGAACAUAUCCGCAAGAUCAUCAAAGACCAUGGUGAUAUGUCAUCUAAAAAAUUCAGACAUGAUAAACGUAUCUACCUUGGUGCAUUAAAAUAUGUUCCCCAUUCAGUAUUAAAGCUGUUGGAGAAUAUGCCCAUGCCUUGGGAGCAGGUUCGGGAAGUGCCUGUUCUCUACCAUAUCACAGGAGCCAUUUCAUUUGUUAAUGAGAUCCCACGGGUCAUUGAACCUGUUUAUAUAGCACAGUGGGGAAGCAUGUGGAUCAUGAUGAGACGUGAAAAGAGAGAUCGCCGACACUUCAAGCGUAUGCGUUUCCCACCUAUGGACGACGAAGAAAUGCCUCUGGACUACGGUGACAACAUUUUGGAUGUGGAACCACUCGAAGCCAUCCAGAUGGAACUUGAUGAGGAUGAAGACAAGGCCAUCUAUGACUGGUUUUAUGAUCACAAGCCCUUACUCGACACAAAGCAUGUCAACGGGCCAUCAUACAGAACUUGGCACCUUGAUUUGAGCCAAAUGUCAAACCUGUACAGAAUCGCCAAACAGUUGAUGUCAGAUCUCACAGACAAGAACUACUUUUAUUUAUUUGACAAGCCCAGUUUUUUCACAGCUAAAGCCCUUAAUGUCGCUAUCCCAGGAGGACCUAAGUUCGAGCCCUUAUAUCGUGAUGUUGACCCUGCUGAUGAGGAUUGGAACGAAUUCAACGAUAUUAACAAAAUCAUCAUUCGUCAACCCAUCCGAACUGAGUACAAGGUCGCUUUCCCAUAUGUUUACAACUCUCUUCCUCGCUCGGUACAUGUUGGAUGGUAUCAUCAUCCUACGGUUGUAUACAUCCCAGCUGAAGAUCCUGACCUUCCCGCAUUCUAUUACGAUCCCAUCAUCAACCCCAUCACCACACGCAGUACCAAAGCACCGAACCAAGAUAUGUCUUUAGAAGACGCAUUGUUUGGCGACAAAGACGAAGAUGAUGAUGAGGAUUUCAAGCUUCCAGAUGAGGUGGAGUCUUUUCUGGAAGAGGAGGAUCUUUUUACUGACAAUACUGCCAACGGUAUCAGUCUCUACUGGGCACCGCACCCUUUCAAUAAACGCAGCGGACGCAUGCGACGUGCUCAGGACAUUCCAUUGGUUCAGAGCUGGUAUUUGGAGCACUGCCCAAGUGAUCAUCCUGUUAAAGUUCGAGUUUCUUACCAAAAACUACUCAAAAACUAUGUCCUCAAUGCUCUUCACCAUCGUCGGCCCAAGCCUCUCAGCAAGAAGUAUCUUUUCCGUCAACUCAAAGCAACUAAAUUCUUUCAGUCAACAGAGUUAGAUUGGGUUGAAGUGGGUCUGCAGGUCUGCCGACAGGGAUACAACAUGCUGAACCUAUUAAUUCACCGCAAGAAUUUGAAUUACCUACAUCUGGAUUAUAACUUCAACCUUAAACCCGUCAAGACCUUAACGACUAAGGAGCGUAAAAAGUCACGUUUCGGAAAUGCCAUGCAUUUGUGCCGUGAAAUCUUGCGCUUGACCAAGCUCAUUGUCGACUCACAUGUCCAAUACCGUCUUGGAAACGUGGAUGCAUUCCAGCUGGCUGAUGGUCUACAGUAUAUUUUCGCACACGUUGGUCAGUUGACAGGAAUGUACAGAUAUAAGUACCGAUUGAUGAGACAGAUCCGUGCAUGCAAAGAUUUGAAGCACGUCAUCUACUAUCGUUUCAACACAGGACCCGUCGGAAAAGGACCAGGAUGUGGAUUUUGGGCACCAGGCUGGAGGGUUUGGUUAUUUUUCUUACGUGGUAUUGUCCCAUUGUUGGAGCGAUGGCUCGGAAAUCUCCUUGCAAGACAUUUCGAGGGUCGUCACUCCAAGGGUAUUGCCAAGACUGUGACCAAACAGCGAGUGGAAUCACAUUAUGAUCUUGAACUUCGUGCUGCUGUCUUGGCCGAUAUUGUCGAUAUGAUGCCUGAAAACAUCAAAGCUAACAAGUCCAAGACUAUCCUUCAGCAUUUGAGUGAGGCUUGGAGAUGCUGGAAGGCAAAUAUUCCAUGGAAGGUUCCAAUGAUGCCUGCACCAGUUGAGAACAUGAUUUUGCGCUAUGUUAAGAAUAAAGCUGACUGGUGGACAAACGUUGCACAUUACAAUCGAGAACGUAUUCGACGCGGAGCAACCGUUGACAAGACUGUCACUAAGAAGAACCUGGGUCGUCUUACUCGUCUCUGGCUCAAAGCCGAACAGGAACGCCAACACAACUAUCUUAAGGAUGGCCCUUAUAUCACCGCGGAGGAAGCUGUCGCUAUUUACACGUCAACUGUACAUUGGCUAGAAAGCAGGAAGUUUUCACCUAUCCCAUUCCCUCCCUUGAGCUACAAGCAUGAUACCAAACUUUUGAUCUUGGCAUUAGAGCGAUUGAAGGAGGCCUAUAGCGUCAAAGGUCGUCUCAACCAGUCACAACGUGAGGAACUUGGUCUUGUUGAACAAGCUUAUGACAAUCCUCACGAGGCUCUUAGUCGUAUAAAGCGCCUAUUACUUACUCAACGUGCAUUCAAGGAAGUCGGCAUCGAGUUCAUGGAUCUCUACAGCCAUUUGAUUCCCGUAUACGAUGUUGAGCCCUUAGAAAAGAUUACAGACGCCUACUUGGAUCAGUAUCUGUGGUAUGAGGCAGACAAACGCCAUCUCUUCCCUGCAUGGAUCAAGCCUGCAGACACAGAACCAGCGCCUUUGCUUGUUUAUAAGUGGUGUCAGGGCAUCAACAAUCUCACUGAUGUUUGGGAAACUUCAGAGGGUGAAUGUGUUGUCAUGAUGGAGACCAAAUUCUCGAAGCUUGCCGAGAAAGUAGAUCUCACACUUCUAAAUCGUCUGCUCCGUCUGAUCCUCGACCAUAAUAUUGCCGAUUACAUGACUGCCAAGAAUAACAUUUCCCUGAAUUACAAAGAUAUGAAUCAUGUUAACGCAUAUGGUCUUAUUCGUGGUCUCCAAUUUUCCAGCUUUAUCUACCAGUACUAUGGCUUGAUCUUGGAUCUUUUGGUCCUCGGUCUCCAGCGCGCAAGUGAAAUGGCUGGGCCUCCUCAGAUGCCUAACGACUUUUUGCAGUAUCGCGAUGUUGCUACGGAGGUGCGCCACCCCAUUCGUCUUUACUCUCGCUACAUUGAUCGUUUCCAUAUGGUUCUACGCUUCACUGCUGAUGAAGCAAGGGAUUUGAUCCAGAGAUAUCUCACCGAGCAUCCAGACCCUAACAACGAAAAUGUGGUUGGUUAUCGUAACAAGAAGUGCUGGCCCCGUGAUUGCAGAAUGCGUUUGAUGAAACAUGACGUCAAUCUGGGCCGUGCUGUUUUCUGGGACAUGAAGAAUCGUCUUCCUCGUAGUUUGACGACUAUUGAAUGGGAUGACACAUAUGUCUCAGUAUAUAGCAAGGAUAACCCAAACUUGCUCUUCGCCAUGUGUGGAUUUGAAGUCCGUAUCCUUCCCAAGAUUCGUAACCAGGACGAACAGUUCUCGAUGAAGGAUGGUGUCUGGAACUUGAUCAACGAGCAGACAAAGGAACGAACUGCACAAGCCUUCUUGCGUGUCGAUGAGGAGGGUAUUCAGCGAUUCCACAACCGCAUUCGUCAAAUUUUGAUGGCUUCUGGCUCUACAACCUUUUCCAAGAUCAUCAACAAAUGGAACUCAUGUUUGAUUGGCUUGAUGACAUAUUAUCGUGAAGCAGUCGUGCAUACGCGUGAACUGCUAGAUCUUUUGGUCAAAUGCGAGAACAAGAUUCAAACUCGUGUCAAGAUCGGACUUAACUCAAAGAUGCCCUCAAGAUUCCCCCCCACUGUCUUCUUCACUCCAAAGGAAUUAGGCGGUCUAGGAAUGUUGUCGAUGGGCCACGUCUUGAUUCCCCAGUCGGAUCUGAGAUGGUCCAAACAGACAGAUGCUGGCAUCACCCACUUCCGUAGUGGUAUGUCGCACGAGCAGGAUCAAUUGAUUCCCAACCUGUUCCGUUACUUGCAACCAUGGGAGUCCGAGUUCAUUGAUUCCCAGCGUGUCUGGUCCGAAUAUGCAUUGAAGCGUCAGGAGGCCAACAACCAAAAUCGUCGUCUAACUCUGGAGGAUCUUGAGGAUUCUUGGGACCGAGGAAUCCCCCGUAUCAACAGUUUGUUCCAGAAGGAUCGCCACACACUUGCUUAUGACAAGGGAUGGCGUGUCCGCUCGGAGUUUAAACAGUACCAAAUUCUCAAGGUCAAUCCCUUCGCCUGGACCUCACAGCGCCACGAUGGAAAGCUUUGGCAGCUCAACAACUACAGAACUGACAUGAUUCAGGCUCUUGGAGGGGUGGAAGGUAUUCUUGAGCACACCCUGUUCAAGGGCACCUACUUCCCAACCUGGGAGGGUCUUUUCUGGGAGAAGGCAUCGGGAUUCGAGGAGAGUAUGAAGUACAAGAAGUUGACCAAUGCUCAGCGAUCUGGUUUGAACCAAAUUCCUAACCGUCGCUUCACGCUCUGGUGGUCACCCACUAUCAAUCGUGCCAACGUCUAUGUCGGUUUCCAAGUACAGUUGGAUCUAACAGGUAUUUUCAUGCACGGCAAGAUCCCCACGCUCAAGAUUUCGUUGAUUCAGAUCUUCCGUGCACAUUUGUGGCAAAAGAUUCACGAGUCGCUCACUAUGGAUAUGUGUCAAGUGCUGGAUCAAGAACUGGAGGCAUUGCAGAUUGAAACUGUGCAGAAGGAAACGAUCCAUCCUCGCAAGUCUUACAAGAUGAACAGCUCAUGUGCGGAUAUUCUGCUAUUUGGCUCAUACAAGUGGAAGGUCUCGCGUCCUUCGUUGCUGACUGAUUCAAGAGAUAACACGGAUGGAACAACGACACAAAAGUUCUGGAUUGAUAUUCAACUCCGUUGGGGCGACUUUGACUCACACGAUAUUGAGCGUUACACGCGUGCCAAGUUCCUGGACUACACUACUGAUAACAUGUCGAUCUACCCCUCUCCUACGGGCGUGAUGAUUGGCGUCGACCUGGCUUAUUCAUUGUAUAGCGCUUAUGGUAAUUGGUUCCCUGGUCUCAAGAUCCUGAUGCAACAGGCUAUGGCUAAGAUUAUCAAGGCCAACCCUGCAUUGUAUGUCUUGCGUGAGCGAAUUCGUAAGGGUUUGCAACUGUACUCUUCAGAACCCACAGAACCAUAUUUGUCCUCGCAAAACUAUGGUGAACUUUUCAGCAAUCAGAUCAUCUGGUUUGUCGAUGAUACGAAUGUGUACCGUGUUACUAUUCACAAGACUUUCGAGGGUAACUUGACCACAAAACCCAUCAACGGUGCCAUCUUUAUUUUCAAUCCAAGAACUGGACAACUUUUCCUCAAGAUUAUUCACACAUCAGUUUGGGCGGGUCAGAAGCGUCUCGGACAGUUGGCUAAGUGGAAGACGGCUGAAGAAGUUGCUGCUUUGAUUCGUUCGCUCCCAGUUGAAGAGCAGCCUAAGCAACUGAUUGUUACCCGCAAGGGAAUGUUGGAUCCUCUUGAAGUUCACUGUCUUGAUUUCCCCAACAUUGUUAUCAAGGGUUCCGAGUUGCAACUACCCUUCCAAGCCUGUCUGAAGGUUGAGAAGUUCGGAGACUUGAUUUUAAGAGCAACGGAGCCUCAGAUGUGUCUGUUUGGCCUCUAUGACGACUGGUUGAAGUCUAUUUCGUCAUACACUGCGUUCUCUCGUCUCAUCUUGAUAUUGCGUGCGCUUCAUGUCAACAACGACAAGGCCAAGAUGAUUCUUCGUCCCGACAAGACUACUAUCACGGAGCCUCAUCAUGUCUGGCCUUCGCUAACAGAUGAAGAAUGGCUCUCAGUUGAAACGUCAUUGAAGGACUUGAUUCUCGGUGAUUAUGGAAAGAAGAACAACGUCAAUGUGGCAUCGUUGACGCAAUCCGAAAUUCGUGAUAUUAUCUUGGGUAUGGAAAUCUCUGCGCCUUCCCUUCAGCGUCAACAGAUUGCUGAGAUUGAGAAACAGGCCAAGGAGCCUUCACAAUUGACGGCGGUUACGACCAAGACUCAAAACAUCCAUGGAGACGAAAUGAUUGUUACGACCACCGCACCUUAUGAGACUCAAACGUUUUCGUCCAAGACUGAGUGGCGUAUUCGUGCCAUUUCAUCGACCAACCUGCAUCUCCGUACUAAUCACAUUUAUGUAUCAACGGAUGACAUUAAGGAAGCUGGAUAUACAUACGUUUUGCCCAAGAAUAUCCUCAAGCGGUUUAUUACUAUUUCGGAUCUUCGCACACAGAUUUCAGGGUACAUGUAUGGUGUGUCGCCUCCCGACAAUGCUCAAGUAAAGGAAAUCCGUGCGAUCGUAAUGGUUCCUCAGUGGGGAACACACCAGACAGUUCAUCUUCCUCAUAUGCUCCCUAAUCACGAGUACUUGAACGAUUUCGAGCCUUUGGGAUGGAUCCACACACAACCAAAUGAACUUGCCCAGCUGUCACCUCAGGAUGUGACAACACAUGCCAAGAUCAUGGCCGAUAAUAAAUCAUGGGAUGGAGAAAAGACUAUAAUUAUUACCUGCUCGUUCACACCAGGUUCUUGUUCACUGACAGCCUACAAGUUGACUCCAUCCGGAUUUGAAUGGGGCAGGAACAACAAGGACACAGGCAAUAACCCACAGGGAUACCUCCCUUCGCAUUACGAGAAGGUUCAGAUGUUGCUAUCCGAUCGUUUCUUAGGAUUUUUCAUGGUACCGGCCUCAGGAGUGUGGAAUUAUUCAUUCAUGGGUGCACAACAUACACCUGACAUGAAAUACCGUCUUGUGUUGGACACGCCUAAGGAGUUCUAUCACGAAUUGCAUCGUCCCACACACUUUUUGAACUUUGCUAGGAUGGAGGACAGCAUUGUGGAAGUCGAGCGCGAAGAUGUUUUUGAGUAG